GAACCACUGAACGAGGGAUUUCUUUCUAGAAUCUCUGAUGUGCUGCUGUGUGGAUGGACUUGUCGACACUGCUGUCAGAGGUGCUACGAGUCCAGCUGCUGCCAGUCCAAUGAAGAUGAAGUGGAGAUCUUGGGACCUUUCCCUGCCCAGACUCCUCCAUGGCUGAUGGCCAGCCGGAGCAAUGACAAAGAUGGUGACUCUGUCCACACAGCCAGUGAUGUCCCAUUGACCCCAAGGACCAACUCCCCUGAUGGGAGACGCUCGUCCUCAGAUACAUCCAAGUCCACGUACAGCCUGACUCGAAGAAUCUCCAGUCUGGAUUCCCGGCGUCCCAGCUCCCCACUCAUUGACAUCAAACCUAUUGAGUUUGGGGUUCUCAGCGCCAAGAAGGAGCCCAUCCAGCCAUCGGUGCUGCGCCGGACCUACACCCCUGAUGAUUACUUCAGGAAGUUUGAGCCCCGACUUUACUCCCUUGAUUCAAACCUUGAUGAUGUGGACUCUCUGACUGAUGAGGAGAUCAUGUCCAAGUACCAGCUGGGCAUGCUGCACUUCAGCACACAGUAUGACCUGCUGCACAACCACCUCACGGUAAGGGUGAUUGAGGCCCGGGACCUGCCACCCCCUAUCUCUCAUGAUGGCUCUCGCCAGGACAUGGCCCACUCCAACCCCUACGUCAAGAUCUGCCUCCUGCCUGACCAGAAGAACUCCAAGCAGACGGGAGUCAAACGCAAGACUCAGAAGCCUGUGUUUGAAGAACGCUACACCUUUGAGAUACCCUUCCUAGAAGCCCAGAGGAGGACCCUGCUGCUCACUGUGGUGGAUUUUGACAAAUUCUCCCGCCACUGUGUGAUUGGAAAAGUGGCAGUGCCUCUGUGCGAGGUGGACUUGGUGAAGGGUGGACACUGGUGGAAAGCUCUGAUCCCCAGUUCUCAGAAUGAAGUGGAGCUGGGGGAGCUGCUUCUGUCUCUAAACUAUCUCCCAAGUGCAGGGAGACUGAAUGUGGACAUCAUUCGAGCCAAGCAGCUCCUGCAGACUGAUGUGAGCCAGGGUUCAGACCCAUUUGUAAAGAUCCAGCUGGUGCAUGGACUCAAGCUUGUGAAAACCAAGAAGACGUCGUUCUUAAGAGGCACAAUUGACCCUUUUUACAAUGAAUCCUUCAGCUUCAAAGUUCCCCAGGAAGAACUGGAAAAUGCCAGCCUAGUAUUCACAGUGUUUGGUCACAACAUGAAAAGCAGCAAUGACUUCAUCGGGAGAAUCGUCAUCGGCCAGUAUUCCUCCGGCCCCUCUGAAUCCAACCACUGGAGGCGGAUGCUAAACACCCACCGCACAGCUGUGGAGCAAUGGCACAGUCUGAGAUCCCGGGCUGAGUGUGACCGUGUGUCUCCUGCCUCCCUGGAGGUGACCUGA